GUGUCGGGCACCCUGGUGGCAUCGGUACACUUAUCUUGCCAGCUGGGCAGUUUGACGGUCAGCAUUUCCUUGGCCUGUGGGGAAAAGAGCAAAAACAGCUCAAAGGAAGAAAGGCAAAACAAGCACAACAAAACAUCAUUAUUCAGAUGAGCAUAAGGAUUCAACACGUGGAUAUGAUUUCAAGCCUUUACCAAACAUCAUGAAAGACAUUAAAAGCUUGACCUAGUCAUGCUCUCACAAGUCACAAGCUGUCGUCUUGUACUCAUUUAGAGAUCCAUGCUGACGAGUCCACAUGAACUGCUGCAGACUGAAUUCCAUCAGGAUCCGGAGUGUUCUGGUUCAUGCUUUUCUCACACUGAUUUCCUCUUUUGCUUUUGGGAUACCCGACGAGUUAUCCCAUCAGUUAUCUGGAAAUGUCAAAGGAAAGAUCAUUUUCCGUCAAAUGGAAGGGAAUUCAACAUACUUGCGGGAUAAUGGGAAGUUGGCAUCUUACAUACCCACCGUGGUUUCAUUUGAGCACUUUGACCCGAGGCAUACCCUGCGCUCUAUCACGUUCAUAUACACAUGGGACUUAGGCAAUGGGGAAGUGCGUAAAGGCCCAGAGCCUUUUGUGACGUAUCACUACACUUUACCAGGGAACUAUACAUUUCAACUGAGCAUAGAAGCCAGUACGCCCCAACAUUCCAGAAUAACUGGGCUGUACUCUGUAGAUUUGACUGUGUUAGAUGCUAUAAAGAGCAUUGAAUUGAGUGGACCUUUAACCUACACCGUGGACCAGAGCAGCAGUCUGUCCUUUCAGGUUGGAGGAAGUCCUCCGGUUUGGCUGUGCUGGAGAGUUUUGUCUGAUUGCCACACACCCAGUCCUACUUCCUGCAAUUUAGUCAGGCUCUGUGGGAACCAUUUCAAUCUGAACUACACCUUCAGAUCAGUAGGAACAUAUUGCUUAGACCUGAGUGUGAGGAAUAUUAUCAGCGACCUCCAGACAUCCUACAAUAUCUAUGUGCAGAGCAGCCCUGUGAGUCUCAUCUUCAUAUUGCCCUGUGCUGCAGUGAUAGUUGCUACUCUCAUAUUCAUCGCUGUGACAGUGAUUCGUCCAAAACAGCAAUCCCUCCUGUCUAAGGCUCUGAUGGCAGAUAUGAACUAUCUUUCCUUCACAGAAAUCGAGCUGCGUGCCAAAGAUGCUUCAGUCCCCUUACAGGAUCAUUCUCCUGCUUCUAAAACAAAUGAAGCCCAGCCCCUUCUUCAACAGUCAGAGACUCCCUACAGCACCCAGCCCUGAUUGCCCUGUCUACAUUACACUUGACAUAUUCAUUAAAAUCAAUCUUUCAGUGU